GUGUCGGCAUGCGCAGAGACUCCGUGUCUCUGGGGCGCGUCAUGGCGGACCCUGCUGAUGCAGAGCCGGAGGCUUUGCGGUUGAAGCGUCUCCGCGGCGGCUUCUUCACGGUGCCUCCGGAACACAGGCUGGGAAGAUGCCGGAGUGUGAAGGAGUUUGAGAAGCUGAACCGGAUUGGAGAAGGGACCUACGGCAUUGUGUACCGUGCUCGGGACACCCUGACCGAUGAGAUUGUGGCACUGAAGAAAGUGCGGAUGGACAAAGAGAAAGACGGAAUCCCCAUCAGCAGCCUGCGGGAGAUCACCCUGCUGCUAAAGCUGCAGCACCCCAACAUUGUGGAGCUGAAGGAGGUGGUGGUGGGGAAUCAUCUAGAGAGCAUUUUCCUGGUGAUGGGCUACUGCGAGCAGGACCUGGCCAGCCUCCUGGAGAACAUGCAGGUUCCCUUCUCUGAAGCCCAGGUAAAGUGCAUCAUCCUUCAGGUUCUCAAGGGCCUUCAGUACCUGCACGACAACUUCAUCAUUCACAGGGACCUGAAAGUGUCUAACUUGCUCAUGACCGACAAAGGAUGCGUGAAGACAGCGGAUUUUGGCCUGGCUCGUGCGUACCGGGUGCCGCUGAAGCCGAUGACCCCCAAAGUCGUCACGCUGUGGUACCGAGCCCCUGAACUGUUACUGGGAACAACAACACAGACCACAGCCAUAGAUAUGUGGGCAGUGGGCUGCAUCCUGGCCGAGCUGCUGGCCCAUAAGCCUCUGCUGCCCGGGAGCUCCGAGAUCCAGCAGAUAGACAUGAUCGUGCAACUCCUGGGCACGCCGAAUGAGACCAUCUGGCCCGGCUUCUCCAAGCUGCCCCUGGUGACACAGUACACCCUGCGCAAGCAGCCCUACAAUAACCUGAAGCACAAGUUCCCGUGGCUGUCAGAAGCUGGCCUCCGCCUCCUCAAUUUCCUCUUCAUGUACGAUCCUAAGAAAAGAGCCACGGCCGGUGACUGCCUGGAGAGCUCCUACUUCAAAGAGCAGCCUCUGCCCUGCGAGCCGGAGCUCAUGCCAACGUUCCCCCACCAUCGCAACAAGCGGGCUGCUCCCAGCACCGGCGCAGAAUGCACAGGCAAACGCAGCCGGCCCUGAGCCGGUUAGGCGGCACGUGAGGUAGAAAGGAGUGGCGCGUGCAUGCCGGGCACCGUUUGCCUCCAAAAGAGCCAGGGUCUUUCAUGAGAGGAAGAGAACUCCUCCACACUCGGUCGUGGGCUGCUUGAGGGGCCCUGAGUCUCUAGGAACAGACAGGAGGAGGACGGUGCCGCACGCACCAAACAGUGUCCUCUCGCUGGGUGCCUCUAGAAGCUGACCGGCAGGGUGCGGUGGUGCCAGCUGGGCCUCCAUUGCUUGCUCUUGAGCACAUAACCACUCUUCACCACCAAGUCGCCUCUGUACUGUCAGCAGGGCAGGCUAUUCUGCAUGUUCCUUUGUACAGCCGAGGGCUCUCUCAGAUGAGGACUACAGCUCUGCCUUGGAGAGUGGGCUGGCUGGGUGGCAGGACUGUACACCACACAAGACAGUAUUGGCAGGCAGGUGAGACCAUGAAGCGAGACACCGAUAUAAAAGGGGACUGCUCUACCCGCUGUUUGAGCAGAGACUUUGGCUUUUUCACUCCUCUGUCAAUUUUCUCGGAGCUUUCUGCUACAGCCUCAAAAUCUCCCCCCCUCUCUGUCUCCACUAGUUCAGACCCCGUCAGCAUAUAUUUAAAGUUUAAGGGCUCUCUGCCCCGCUUCAUACUGGCUUCCAUUGUACAUUGUUUGCACUGAUGCCACUCGUUCACCCAGCAGGGAAAAUCUUUUGAAGCGCCUCCCGAUCUGUCUUAGUGUUCACCAUACCGAAACAUUCGGUGUAGCCUGCAAACCUGGCUGCCACCUCGCUCACCCCAAACCCUCCACAACGAUGCUGAAGGGCACGGUCCCACUGUGAGUCCUUUGGGGGCUGGCCGGCUGCUCCUUACAUUUGUACCCUCCACCCCUCAGCUUUCUGAUGUAAUAAGUUAUAAAUUGAUGGGAGACCUCAUCUUGCAUUUCCACAGCUGCUGAAUUUAUUAAUGGAUUUUGGGCAGGGAACUUUAAUCAAGCAAUUUUGGAAGCUCAAAUAAAUGCCUGCUGUCUCACC